AAUAGUCACCUUUUCCAGUGGUCCUCAGAAUCACAGAGGUUGACGGAGCUGCAGCCAAUUCUAUUGUCAAUUUAAGGUCCAGUUGGCGUGUCUGUACUUUUCAGCGUGAGCCAUGAUGUUUCUUAGCAGACUGAGGUUUCUGGGUGUGUUUUUCCUGGCAUCGCUUGCAUUUGCUGACGAGGUCAUACUUGACACAGCUGACGAGGACAUACUUGGCAAAGCUGAUGAGGUUAUACUUGACACAGUCAACGAGACUGAACUGGAAAGAUCAGUCCAAAGUCGAACACUUUGUCCAUGGACCUGGGUUUACUCUGACGGUCGGUGUUUUAAGUACACUGCCACUAAGAUGGACUGGGCUGCUGCUGAGUUGAAUUGUGUUAGCAUGGGUGCAAAUUUGCCUUCGGUGCACAGCGAAAAUGAAUAUCAGUUCCUCAAGACUCUAGUCCGUACUUAUGACCCUGCUGAGAAUCCCACUUGGCUUGGACUUUCAAACUGUCAGAAGAGAAACACUUGGUUUUGGUCUGAUGGCACCAAAGUGGACUACACCAGUUGGAACUCGGGCGAACCGAACUGGUCCAAGAAUGAGUGCUGUGUCCACUUCAACUGGUCUAAUCAGAAAAAUUGGAAUGACAUACCUUGUCAUGAGGCCUACUCCUUUAUCUGUGUGAAGAAGGCUGGUGCGAGAUAGAGAAAGUUAGUGUCCUCGUGCUCUGUUGACUCAUUAAAAUGUAAUUCAACAUGCGUAUAUAAAUGGAACCUCUUUAAUGUCAAA